GUCACACGAGGACAAGAACUGGUACGCGCAUGCGCAUGUAGUGGGCACCUGUUUCCGGGCGAGGCGAUUGCAGUUGUUUGUUGCUGCAGGAUGGAGGACACAUCUGACAUAGACACACAUUUGUGUCUGGUUUGCAAUCAGACAAUUGUGGGUCUUCUGAACUAUGUCAUGCACAAAAAGACUGAGUGCCCCAAAAAACGUUAUUCCCAGCAACAGCAACAGCAACAGCAACAACAAAGUGCCUUUAAUGGAAAUUCUAAGCUUUAUGAUCACUCUUUCAGUCUCAGCAGCACAUCUUCUCACCAAGGAGCUAGUCACCAAAAUGAUGUACUGCGGGACUCCUCCAACAGUUAUGGCCUUGGCAGUCAGGACAGUUUUAUCUUUCCCUGUGCACCUCCAGAGUAUGGUAACAAGCCUGGGAGCUACAAUCAGCAGCCAGGUGCACAACUUACCGUUACCCAGAGCUAUGCCUCUGCUAAAAUUUCUGGAACUCAUCCGUCAAAUACUGGUCUUUCAGUUGAUGUGAACUCUCCUCUUUCUUCUUUUAUUGACUCAUCUUUCAGUCCAAGUGAAGACAGUCCAGUUGAUUCCAAUUCAGUUCUUCAGGAUCCUGAAUCACCCAAAUCAAGGCCAGACUUCUUUCAGUCUCUUGAACUAAAAAGCAUCACUGGGCGGAAGCAAAGUGCAACAGAACCACAGGGUCGAGGGUCAAAAGGCAAGAGACGGUGGGUGCAGGAAGAGCCCAUUGACUUUGACCUACCCAUCACCAUGAUUCUCAGUAAUCUGGACUUCAGCAGUGACGAGGAAAGCUGUGUUGUCAACUUUCCCUCUGAUGAAGACCCUGAAGAUGAGGGUAGUGAUUCUGAAUGGUCCUCACCACCAAAAAGUCACACUGGUGGCAAGUGGAAGCCUGGAGAAGGUCCAUCAAAAAUAUAUCAUCGUCACCAGCUUGUUGGUGGGAAAUGGAAACCAGGGCAGGGGCUGCAGAGAGUGGAGAGAACUCGAGAAACUAAGUCCUCAAGAUCUGCAGAUCUCAAAACCAACAGACCCUACUUUUGCAACUUAUGCAAAAGCACUUUUCCUGAUCAUUACUCCUCUUCAGCUCAUUUUGUCAGCGAAACUCACAGAGAAGCUGUGGAAGCACAACGUAAAGGGACCCACAGUAAGAAGGAACUAGUCUCAGCAAGUUUAGAUGGCUCUUUAGGGGGUUCGGACUCACUGACAAGUGAGACUUCAGUGGCCAGUAGUCAACAGGUUGCAGAAGAUAGCAUUGAAACUCAGGUAGCUAUGGCUAACUUUGCACCUAUUUCGUUAAAUUCGCCCAAAAAGCGUUGUUAUUCUGGACCAUUCUGCCAAACAUGUGAUUUAUACUUUGAUAGUGCUAUAGUCUAUGAAAUCCAUUGUGAUACAAAGCAACACAAAGAUAUGGUGGAGAAGAAAAAGCAGAGUCAGCAUGCAGCCACAAUGAAGGCACCCACAGUGGAUCAGUGUACCAAAGGUGACCUUGCUACCCAACUGGUUGUCUCUAAAACUGAUGACAACCAUGUGUCUAACCAAAAGGACAAAGAAUGUCUUCCAGAAGUCACCACUGUCAUUUGUAAAAAGACAUUUGCGCGAAAGUACGAGAUGGCCCGGCAUCUUCUAACGCACUUCCAUAAGCAGCGGGCAGUAAGACAUCCGCAGGCUUUAGAGAUGCUGGACAAGUACAACAAGUAUGUCAUUCGUUUGUGUCCCUUUCAGUGCAACGUCUGCCAGUUUUACUUCAACCGCGCUGCUGAUCUCCUCGACCACCUGAAAACGAAAGAGCACAAGCAGAGCUGCGAGGACCUGGUGGGCCCACUGCUGUGUGUGACAUGCAAGUACAAGACGCAUUCUCCGGACGACAUCUUACAGCACGUGCAGACGAGACAGCACCACGCCCUUGUUGCUCGCAACCACCACGUGUGCAUUAUACGAGAGUGUCACUCCAAGAUCACGUGCAAGUUCUGUGGCGUGCAGAUGCACUCAGCCGUGCGCAUGAAGCGGCACGUGGACUUUCGCCAUAAGGACCGCAAAGUGCAAGAGCGACUGGAGGUCCGAGCUACCACCAACCGACACGUCUGCCCAGACUGUGGUAAAAUGUACAGGAGCAAGUCGGCCUUACAGAAGCACUAUCGCCAGAGACAUCAGAAGUGCAAGCCAUACAGGUGUGAUGUGUGCAACAAGGGAUUCUCAGAAAUGCGUGGACUUAUGAUGCAUGACCGCACUUCAUUGCACGAGAGAAGGGUCAGAGCCAAAGCAGCUACGGGAUGGCGAUACAGAAUAGGUGUUGUGCUGCGUUCGCGCAGGAACGAAGAAAACUCCAACGAAGAUGGAAAGUCAGAAUUAAAAUCGUCGCAGGACGAUCUUUCAGGAGGAUGUGACAAGCCGUUUGGCGAUAAUUUGGAAAAUGAGGUGAGACAACUUGAGAGAAAAGAGAAAGAAGAAAGCAUUAUCUUUACUGAAAGUAUAGCUAGUGAACAGAUGGCUAAAAAUGAUGUGCUAGAUAUGAACAACAGAACCGGCUGUGUAGAAGUCGCUCAAAAUCCUGAGGAGUGUUUUGAAGACCGAGUGAACAUAACUUUAGAUAACAGUGGGCUUAAAGGUGGAGAACGUGUCAGACCCAAAGGCUCUGCAAGAACGUUCAAAGGUGCGGAUAUCUUCAGUUGUGAGCAUUGUCAAGAAUUCUGCGGUGAAACGAUGGAGGACCUGAGGACGCACUAUAUGCAAGAACAUCCUUCUCACAUUAUUCAUUGUGACCCCUGCAGUCAGUUUUUUCUGUCCAAAAAGGCGUACAAGAUUCACUGCGCUGGAGGUACUCACCAGGCUCGUCUCAACAAUCUGGUGGACACAGACGAUAAGGUGGCGCUGCAUCACAGUUGUACGGAGAGCACCUCAGGCAGCUGGAGAAGGUCAGUCACGACUCGACGGUCUCCUGCCCCUGAGUGUGGCAAGUUCUUCGUCAAGACGAACCUCAUCGAGCACCUCAGGACCCACACUGGCGAGAGGCCGUUUAAGUGCCGGCACUGCGCCAGUGACUUCGGCUCCCGCAUGUCUCUACGCCGCCAUUUAAUCGAGCACAUCGGCUACGGCGUGCACAAGUGUGAGACCUGCGGGCGGGAGUUCAAGAAGCAGAACGCCUUCUACUUCCACCAGCGCCUGCACCAGAGCGAGAAGAAAGGGUUAAAAUUUGACUGUGACGUGUGCGGAGCUUCGUUUCUUCUCCAGUCGCAGCUGGUCAACCACAAAAAGAGGCAUGGGGACCGCAACUUUAAGUGCACUGUGCCCGGCUGCCACUGGCAUUUUGUCCUCAAGACAGAACUGGACCAACACAUGCUAACCCACACUCAGGAGAAGACCUUUCUGUGCGAUGUCUGCGGUAAUGGGUUUAGCAACAAGACUCGCUUAAAGCGCCACGUUAAGACCCACCAGGCUACCCGGGAGAUUCCAUGUGAGUAUUGUCCUUACAAGGCCGGGUGCAAGACGCAUCUUCGCCGGCACAUGCGCAUUCACAUCGGUAGUAAACCUUUCAAGUGCCUGUACUGCCCCUACGCCUGCAACACACAUGAAAACAUCCGCAAGCACAUCCUGAAGACCAGGAAGCACCAGGGGCUAAAGAUCUACCCGUGCAAGUUCUGCACCUUCCAGUCAAAUGAAGGGAAAGAUUUCAAGAAGCACCUCAUGCUGGAGCAUAUGGAGUACCUGAAGGCCAGGCCUUCCGAGUCCCUGGUAAAGUUUACCGGUCUCUAUCACCCUGAAGAGGACAUCACGCAGCCUCCAGAAGGCGGAGAGAUCCAUCAGGUCAUGAAGGGACGGUUUGUCAAGACCUACGACAGCAGUCGUCAGCUAAGCGGUGACCCUGCGAACUGCUCCAAAAAGAAAGGCGCCAUAGCAGGGAAACGAAAGACUAAAUGUGUUCAAGAUAUGCCGCCACUUGAGCACAGCCUACUGCACGAGCACAAAAUGAUGAGCACGAGCGACGCGACCUUGAACCAGGUCAUUGUACCGGAAGGAAGUGCCUUGUCCCUGGUCGCCCAUCAACAGUCCCCUCCUGCGACCAAACGUCCAGCAAGUGGAUGUUGCCGUGGUGUAUCCUCAGAGCCUCCCCUGGAGCGUGGUGGCUCGCGAGAACUGGCUGACUGCAGGGGGCCAGGUGGUUGACGUCGUGGCCCAACCCACGCAAAUCCAAACCUACGCUCCAGAGGCCGUGCAGAUGCUCGGCAGUCACGUGGCCGGCACAGCCUUCAUGAGCAGCACCCAGGGUGCUCCCAGUAUUCUGACAGUGGUCAACGUGGACGAUCAGACGUUUCAGCAGAUGGAGGCUGGCAGUUUCCAGGUGAUUCCCACCAAUGUCACCAUCAACCAUUAACUCGAUGCAGGCCUACAUGAAUUUAUGGCAGGCUAUGCUCUCAGCUUGCCACCUGCUCACCCUCGGUAUUCCUAGAUGUGCGAGCAGACUUUACCCUCAGUAGCCGUCCAUCGGUCGGUUGUCGCGGGCCUGUAAUCGAGCUACAUUAUUAAAUGUGAACUUACUGACAGUGGCAUAGCAGAUGAUAUUGAUAUAUAAGGAAGUAAGGCCUCCGUGAGCUAUAUAAGUACAGGAUAUAGGAAUUAGCUAAAGAAAUGGGAGGUUUCCUGCUUUGGUUCAUCUUACCCUUGCAGUGUGGCAUUGCCUGUAGCUGAAAGAUAAGAGCCAAUUAGAGUUCCUCCCAUGUCUUCUUCGCCAACGUUGUACUUGGAGGUGUAGUUAUGUCCGUCCCUCGGAGCUGUCAUUAGAUUGCUGCUUUCUGCCAUCCACUCGCCAGAUGUCGUCUCGACUCAUUAAGGUAUGAGGUUUGGGCACACUAUGUUCUGUGUGUGGACACAGCAUGGUUGGGCACCUGCAAUCUGGCGUUUCCGGUCCUACAAAGGGCUGUGACAAAAAAUGAAAAGGUAAAGGUUGCAUAGCCUAGUGGUCGUAUAAGAAAAAGAUAUUGGCAAGGCUGGGCUCAACCUACUCCUUCCACUGCCUUUAGCCUCCUCUGAUGAAUCGGGUACUCACCCGAAUCAUGUUUAUAGCAUGUUAGCAUACCUGAGUUGGAGAAAUCGGCUUCCCACAGACAGUGGAUAAAACUCCGUAUUCAUGGACUCAGGGUGGGCCUAAUCAAUUCUUUUGACCAGCUUUAUUGUAUUUUCCCUCCAAGAGCUUUCUUCUGUAUAGAUUAAAUAUGGCUGAUUUCGUGAUUGAUUCACCUCAGCAGUAACGAACAGAAUUUUCUAGACAAAUGAACUGGACAAAUCUGGUGUCCAAGAACUAUUCGAUGUAUACUGUUUUUAUGAUAUUCAUAAUAUGAGAGUUGUUGACCCCCUACAAAUAAAGGAUACCAUUCGAUUUAUCUCCACCCCCACGCCACUCCCCGUUACUUUAUUUAGUUUUCGAAUUCCUUUUUUCGUCAAAUGCUUGGGGGCGGAACAUUAUUUGGUCAGAAUAGAUAAAUUCAAAUAUAUCUUGUCUGUUUUUCCCCCCUUUUGAAAUGUUUAUCGUUUAGUUGUAAGGUUCCCGUCUAACCCUCUUACCUAGCAGGCGGUCCGGUGGCGCAAUGGUUAGCGCCUGUCACCAAUACAGUGAAGGUUGGCUGUCCUGGGUUCAGCUUUUGUCUCGGGAACCCUGCAGGAUCUUUCUCUGCAUGUGGCAUCUGUUUACAGGGCUGGCUGCCAUGUCGUCAUAUAGCCUUAGUUGCUGGCUCGGCUUAAAAUACCAAUCCUCCCUCCAACCCUGUACCACGCAGGCAGUGGUACCCAUUUUUGGGAAUCGCUAUUUCUAGGUUAUUUUAUAUUGUUAUGUUGGCUUUUAUGUAACGACGUACUCUAGAACAUGAUUGUUUGCUUGUCGGGGUAACUUAACCGCCUAGUUUCCCUCCUCACGUGGUGACGAGGUUACCUAUGGGUAGAUUGCCGAUGUCCACGAACACGAGUCCUGCUGGGUGAGCGGGAAAUGUUCUUCUAACAGCAUAGACCAACCACUUCACUUGCUACGGAGUCGAAUGCUGCCACCACCAGGCAUUGGCGCCACCACACCUGCGAGGUACUUCUCGUUUUUUUAAGCGCACCUGAAAGUAUAUCUAGUGAUGAUAUGGUUUAGAUGUCUACCUAAACUUGUGUUUUUGGUGGAACGACGCCCCGAGAGAAGCAUUUUGUGUUCAUUUGUUAAAGCUAAUUAACGAGGUUUCUCGCUGGCUUUUCUUACAUACUGGAAACAUGAAUGAGCGACGUAGACUGCUGCAGCCUCCACUUCAUUCAACCAUCUUAGUGAUGUGAUCCUAUCAAAAUUCUAUCUACAUUUUUGUUUCUGCAUUUGAACCUCAUUAAAGUAUGUGGUAUGGGUGAGUGCAUGCCUGUAAGAGAGCGCGUACACGCACACAUAAAGCUGUCGCGCACGCAAAUGUUUUUUUCCCAAAAGAUGAAUAAGGUUGAUGAAAGUCGCGUGAAAAUUAUAUUUUAAUAUGCAGGAUAAUUUAUAUCUCACAUGUAACUGCGAUAAGUUUCAUGGAAUCAAUCUGUAUACGAAGGUAUUUUCGUAAUAAAAUCCAAAAGGUGAA